ACGAUAAUUCAUCGUGAUAUAAAGGCCAACAACAUUUUUAUUAGAUUCUGAAAUGAACCCGAAAAUAUCGGAUUUCGGUAUGGCCAAGUUUUUUGAGAAGGAUGAACAUGAAGCAAACACUGGCAGAACUGUUGGGACAUAUGGCUACGUUCCACCGGAAUACGUUACGAAAGGAAUAUACUCUACCAAGUACGAUGUGUAUAGUUUCGGAAUUUUACUUCUGCAAAUUAUAAGUGGCAAGAGGAAUUUCAGUCACCGUGGAUGCCAUGAAAACUUGAAUCUUCUUGAAUAUGCUUAUGAAUUGAGAAAACAAGGUCGAGGAGCAGAGUUUUUCGAUUCUUCACUCGAUGAUUUGUCUUCGUCGUGUAAGCUCAUUAGAUGUAUGCAAGUGGCACUGCUAUGUGUGCAGGAAAAUGCAGCGGAUAGACCUUCAAUGGUGGAAGUUUAUACGAUUCUAAAGAACGAAAGUAGUGUUGCAAUCUCUACACCUAAGAGCCCAGCAUAUUCAAUUACAAGAGAUGAGAACAAGGAAAGUACGGGCAUCGAGGGGAAGAAAGUUUUUUCUGUCAAUGAUGCAUCGAUAACCCAAGUGAUACCUCGGUGACUGAAAGUUUAUGCAUUUAGUAAACUUUUUGUAAAAGAAUCAUGUUUUUAUUCUAACGCUUAAGGU